UUAUCUACCCUUUGUUUUUUUUUCCAAAACGAAAGUAGAAGUUAAUGUGUUUUUCCUAUGUUGUUGAAGAUUUUUAAAUGAAAGUUUUCUUUCACGGCAUUACAGUUCUACCUUUACUUAUAAUUUUGGAUUUAUAUACCUAUAAAAGGAGAAUACUCUGAGUACCUAAGACUUACUAGGUGCAAUGGGAUUUAUCUUCAGCAAGAUAUCAAAGCUUUGGAGUUUCAUAUGUCGAAUGGCUACGGGAGAGGAGGAAGAGGUAUUUGACUUUCCCAAAACUCUAGAGGAAUUCAAAUUUUACUUUAAUAAAGAAGGCCAGCUUCGAAAUGUGGAAACCGAUGAACCCUUUAACUUUGUGGUGGAACCCGACAACCAGAAGUACAACCAGAAGAGAUACGAAGCUCUGGGAAACAUAAUAACAGAUCAUGUAUAUAAAUUAUUAGAAGACCAUAAACUCAAAAGAGUUAAAAUUCCUGUUGAUGCUGUGCCUGAGGAACCAACUUCAUUCUUCUAUAUGUCUGAAGAUGCGCUAGAGAAAGACAAACUCUUGAUACUGAUCCACGGAAAUGGAGUUGUGAGGGCCGGGCAGUGGGCCAGAAGAUUAAUUAUCAAUGAUUGUCUGGACUCUGGUACACAGUUACCUUUCAUUGAGUGGGCGAUCAAGGAGGGGUAUGGGGUAAUUGUGGCCAACACUAACUACAACAAAGCCAAUGACAAAAAGGAUGGUCAAGAAAUUAAAGGCAGUAAAACUCCAGAGGACCACAUGGAAUGUGUGUGGGAAAACUUUAUACACAAAUCCAAGGCUAGUGCCAUAGGGAUUGUAGCACAUAGCUAUGGAGGGGUGGUCACCUUAGAACUGGCUAAAAACCACAUUGAUGAUUUCUGGAGGCGAGUGUUUGCCGUGGCUCUGACAGACUCGGUCCACAGCUUUCAUCAUCAGAACGGAGAUGAAAGUGUCAUCCAUUUUUAUACGGAGAGAGCAAAGAACUGGGCGUCGAGUCUGGAUGAACUGGAUACUCCCAUUGAGACAUACUCUGACUACUGUCCAACAGUAGCAGCGGGAACUGACAAACAUGAGUACACAAGUUACAGCAGCAGGUUUUCCAUAUUCAAAUUCUUGUCCGAAAAAUACAGAGAAAUGAUGGAACCCGGCGGAGAAAAAGCAGAAACUUCUGAAAAAAAGAGCUCAGUGAAGAAGGAAACAGAAGAGACAGCAAUGUCACAGGACAUUUCAGCCAGUCAAAUUGAUGUUGAAAUGAACUCGCAGAAUCCCGACGAAAGCCAGAAAGAGGAAUUGUAAUUGGUCAAUAAAUGUUAUGUAUACAUUUAAGAGAAUUAUAUAUUUUUAGGGAAAUCGUUUUCCUAUUUUGACUGCUGCAGUGUUGAAUAUGCUUUGUGGAAACAGGGUGAUGCCUAAUUUUGUUACCAGCCUUCCUCCUUUUCCAAAUCAGUGUAAUGGUUAUAGAAAUGUUUACAGAUUUCGACAUUGGCUUAAAAUCAAUUUUAUAUUCAUCUUAGUCAAUUUAGUUCUCAUAUUGUGAACUUUCCUUUAUUAAAAGCAACUGAUUUUUUUUAAAUCAACAGAUAUUUAAGCUAUGGAAUCUAUUUUGAAGAUGCAUAACUUUAAUAAAUGUAUUACUGGUAACCACAGGUAUAUGCUGAAAAAUAUUUUUCAAGGUGAAAUACUUUAAAUUCUAAAAACGAAAAAAAAAUGAAAAUAAUUUUGCAUUUAAAACACUUUAAAAAUAUCAACAAUGAUUGACUUAUUCUAAAGAAUAGUUCUUAAAUGAGUUAUUUUUGAGUAUUUGAUAUAUAUUUUUUGUAGAUCUAUAAAUUUUAAUUUGUGAGUUUUCUUACCUUUAGCAUGUUUUUCAUUUAGGUUUUUGUUAUUAUAAUGAAAUCAUUUUUGGAACAUUUUUGAAACAACUUCAUAUAUUGAAUUAGAAAAAUGUUUUAAACUUAAAGAAAACCAUUGUUCUGAAGUCGUUUGCAUUGUCAUAAUAUCAUGUAAAGGUUGUUUAUACAAUAUUCAUUAGUAUACAUGUAUUACGAAGUCAUAGGUUUGAAUGUAAAUUGUUUUUAUUGAUAUACACAUGUAUUAACAUUCUACUGUAUGUUGAUAUUUUUUUCUUCAAAUAAAUAAAACAAUAAGAUGAUAAUUAUG